CAUACAAAAAAGCGUACAAAAAUCCACAAAUGCCGUCCAUCUUUGAAAAUUUCUCAACCUCAUCAACACAUUUUACAUCACACUAAUGCAUUAUUUGAAUGUGUCAACUAUAUACAGAUAGGUUGUUUACAAUCACCUACAUUAAAUGUGUGCGUCUUUAUCCAACACUAGUACAAUGUUCCAAUGCAUUUUAUCCCUAAGGCAAGUGUGGCGUAUUUGAAGUCGUGCUUAAAGAAAAUUCUUUAAAAUGUCGAAAUUCCCCAAAACCGCGGUCAUUUAUCCUCAAUUUACUAAAUAGAAAUGUGUAAUGUUGUUGUUAAAAGUGUUAUUCAGUGAAAAUCAUCAAAAAUCACACGCAGACUUUUUAACUGGUUUAUCUAGUAAAAUUCCUAACGCCAUAUAAUACAAAACAACAAAAGACCAAAAACGCACUCUGAGGCAAUAUAUUUAUACCAAAGAACAAGUGGAUUUUCCACACUGUUAUUUAAUUAACAUUUAGAAUUUAAGCAUAAGUUAAAAAAAAAUAAUAAUAACCAAAAUGAAUGUCACCACCGUAUCUACGGGUACCACAACCCACUCCUCCACAACAAUGAACAACACAACGUACAAAAUUGAAAUGAUCGAUGACGAACAAUUAAGUAUUGCAUCAGAUGAUGAUGACGAUGACGUUAUAAGCAGUGACGGUGUUAGUGUAUACGAUGAUUCCGAUAUGGUGCAUAUGAGCAUACAAGAUGAGGUAGCAACACAGUUGGCCGCCGCUGGACCGGUGGGAGUAGCUGCUGCCGCUGCAAUCGCAUCAUCGAAAAAACGCAAACGACCACAUUCGUUUGAAACUAAUCCAUCGGUAAGGAAACGCCAACAAAAUCGUUUGCUGCGUAAACUGCGUGGCAUUAUAUAUGAAUUUACUGGUCGUGUUGGCAAACAAGCUGUGGUACUUGUAGCAACACCUGGAAAACCAAAUACAAGUUACAAAGUAUUCGGUGCGAAACCACUCGAAGAUGUUGUACGGAACUUAAAAAAUAUUGUCAUGGAAGAAUUGGAAACAGCACUUGCACAACAAGCUCCACCACCACCCACAGAAGAUCCAACACUCUUUGAGCUUCCUCCACUAAUUAUUGACGGCAUACCGACUCCAGUUGAAAAAAUGACUCAAGCACAACUGCGAGCGUUUAUUCCUCUAAUGCUUAAAUAUUCUACAGGCAGGGGUAAGCCCGGUUGGGGAAGAGAAUCGACUCGCCCACCUUGGUGGCCAAAAGAGUUGCCAUGGGCAAAUGUUAGAAUGGAUGCACGAACAGAAGAAGAGAAACAAAAGAUAAGUUGGACACAUGCUUUGCGUAAAAUUGUCAUUAACUGUUAUAAAUACCAUGGACGGGAAGAUCUUUUGCCAACAUUUGCGGAUGAAGACGAUAAGGUGACACAAAUUGUCAGACAACAUACAAGUGAUCAGGGAACAUCAACUGUAUCCACUGUUACAUCAUCCAAUAACAACCAAAUUGGAGUCUUGAAAAUUAAUAAUAACGGGACAAUUAUACAAAAUACACAAUCUGUGGUUCAAUCAAAUAAUAACCAAUCGAAUCAAGGAGCAACAAAAAUUGAAAUUCACACAAAUACAGGGAACUCAAAUUCAUCAUCUGCACAUCAGACUACAAUAGGAGGCACGCAGGUUUGCCUCGACCCGAUGACAUUGAGUGACUGUGAUUACACUCAAACGGUACUAUCUACAAUACAAAAUGCAGAUGGAACAGUUUCUUUGAUUCAAGUAGAUCCCAACAAUCCGAUAAUAACGCUUCCUGAUGGCACAACAGCUCAAGUUCAAGGAGUAGCAACGCUUCAUCAAGGUGAAGGUGGUGCGACAAUUCAAACGGUUCAAAGCCUAUCAGACGUCAAUGGUCAUGAAAAUAUGACUGUGGAUUUGACUGAAGCACAAGUUGGACAAGACGGUCAGAUCUAUAUCACAGCCGAUGAUGGUCAAGGCUAUCCAGUUUCCGUAAGCAAUAUGAUCACCGUUCCAGUUUCUGCAUCGAUGUACCAAUCCAUGAUUGCAAACAUUCAACAAUUGCACACGAAUAGUGAUGGCACAGUGUGUAUCACACCAAUGCAGGUAGAUUCUAACAGUCAAAAUAAUAAUUUACAAUAUUAUUCAAUUCUGUCAGCCCCUGGUAAUUCGAAUGGGGUUGCUACGCCACACAUGCCACCAACUCAUGUAGGUGGACGAAUAGUUCAUACAAUUGCGCAGACAAUAGCGUCUACAGUAGCACCUCCACGUUGCCAAACAUUUAAUAGUCCUUCUAGUUUAAGUAACUCUAGUCACCAGGCCCACCAACAACAAUCGCAGCAUUCUGUAACAAAAGUGUUUAUAAGUAAUAGCAACAAUACUGUCGGAGGAGAUAAUCGAAUAACCACGAAUAAUAAUAGCAUUAUUAUCAAUUGUAAUAGUAGUAAUCGAAGCAGUAUCAAUAAGAAUAAAAACAAUAACAUUAUUUGCGAGAACAAUAAAAACUUAUCGGUUAAACCGAUAAAUACCAAUAAAAUUUCGAAAAGACGAAAGCAAAUUUUAAACAAAUCUUAUACUAAGCAAGUACAUAAACCUGAAUUACAGUUAGUUGAUGAAAUCGAUCUAGAAAAAACAACAGAAAUAAAAAUAGAGAAAAUAGAAAAGUGAUAAAAGAAAACCUAAACGGAAAAAAAUAUGCAUAUUUAAAUAAUUAUUAUUAUAUAUAUAAAAUGAAGGUUAUAAAAAUUAGCAUAGGGAUUAGUUAUAAUUCUAGUCAAGAAAGGAAAUAGCAGCAAAAGUGAUAGUAACGGAAGGUGAUUUAAUACAUAUACAUGUGAUAACAUGUAAAAUUGUCUUUGACUUUUUUUUUUGCGAUAUAGAUUUAUAAAAUUUCAUAGCAUAAUUGCAGGAAACAAAAACGCAUUGUCCAUGAAUCUUUUUUAAAUUCAAAUUGGUAAUUUGAAACUCUGUGGGAAAACAUAGAAUUUCGGUUUUGUUCGUAAUUUUGAUCUUAAACAGUCGGGAAAGAAAGAUUACGUUGAUUGUACUAACAACUAGUCGAUAGUUUGGAGAAAACUGAUCAGAAAAAAAAAUUUUAAAUCUCGUGCAAGUUUUUCGAAAAAAAAUAAAAUGCACGACUGGGUCGCACGUACUUGCUCUUGUAGUUCAAAGUAUCUUUAUCUUAAAUAUCUUUUGGAAAUUUAAGAUUUUGUGGAGAAAAAAAAAAUAAAAACAAAAAAAAAAUCGAAAGUUAAAAAAAUUCAAUUUUUAAAAUAUUUUUGAAAAACUUUUUUUUUAAAUUUUUUUUACAUUUUACACUUCAAUACCUAUGAUGUCUGUAAAUUUUGAAUAAAAUUGACUUAUGCUUUGAUGAAAUAUAUGAACUUAAAAAACAUGUCAAUUUUUGAAAAAUGGCAACGCCAUAUUUCCGCUCUCGGCAUUUUUUGAGAAAAAAUAAAAACGCAGUUUUGUUAGAAUUAAUAAGAGUACUGCGCACACCAAAUUUAAACGAAAUCGUUAGAGCCGAGAAAUUUGAAAUACCUCGAAAACGUUAUAUGGGAGAUAUGCGUUAAAUUGGAGAUAUUAAAAAAAUAAACAAAAAACGGGUCUAAGGAAUUACAUAAAAAUCAUCUGUACCAAGUUUCAAGCAAAUCCAUCCAUCCGUUUAAGCCCUAGCUCGAUGUACAGAUGGACGCACAGACCGACGGACGGCAUGACGAAAACCACUUUUUUGAUCUUCUCCAUCAUCGCAAUGUAGGUUUUGAUUAAAACCUCAAAUUUUUUUUCUACACGAAACCAAUACUUGCCCUAUAGAGCAAGUAAAAAUCAUUA